AUGGCUUAUGCUAACGGAAACGGCCAUACUAGCAACCCUUACCAACGAUCUCCCUCCCCGCCUGCUACGGCCUAUUUCUCAGGCUUCCAGACAGAGUCGGAGGCCCUCCGACCCGAUUUGCAGCGCGAACCAAUCGCACAUACUGAUGCACAAGCACACUUUGCAUACUCUACUACCCUAAGACGGCAUCAAGUCGACUCUUCAGGCCAUGCCGUCACCCCUAUACGUCCCGAAUUUUUCACGGCUAGCGUCACGACUUUGUGGGGCCGAAUACAACGUGCAUGGGACAUUUGGAGAAGAGAUGGGAAAGAUGCAUUGAUAGAGAGUGGAUGGGGUGGACAAAUUCCGACAGAGGAACCUGAGCCUCCAAAGGAAGGCAA